AUGAAGCAAGCACGCGCAGUCCAACUUGUGCUAGCUGUUACUACAAUCAUCUCGGUCAGAGAUGCGUUGCCGGGCAUAGUACAGGAUACGCGAGCUACGCGUGUGUCGACAACGAUCGCAGACGCGCGUCAUGGUGGGAAGCCUGGAAGAAGAUUUUUACGAGGCUCUCCCUUGAACGCUGAUUCGGAAGAAAGAUCCCCAAACGUUGAUAUUAUCGUCAAGGAUGCUGCCUCAAAGUUCAAGAAAUCCGUACUAUGGAAAUUUCAAUUUGCUGUUUGA